GAGAAAUGCCCCCACCAAUGUAUCCUAAAAUUACAACCCACAACUAAUCAGGCACUACUUUUUCAUAUCUUCAACAAAGAUAAGAAAAAACAGAUGCUCAUAUACACUAUGUUUUAGACUCGUCCCUUGUGAAGCCAGAAGCUUUGUGAACCAUUUUCUUCCCCCCUCUCUCUCGAUCUCAUGGAUCACACAGUCGAUGAACGCGGCCUUAAUAAGGAUCUAUACGAUGCUCUGAUUAGAGGAGAUGGAGAAAAGGUGAUUGAGCUCUGUCAAAAACUUCCAGAAGGAGCACUGCACAUAUUAACUAUACACAAUGACACAGUCCUUCACAUGGCCACUUACUCCAAACAAAAGGAUUUGGUAGUCACUUUACUUCGGGACUUGCCAAAAGAUCAUCUUCACAAGCUCACCCAUCAAAAUGACAUCGGAAACACUAUACUCCAUGAGGCAGCUACUUCCAACAGGAUUGUCCCGGCCGCCAAGGAAUUGCUGCAAAUGGCGCCAGAGUUGUUAACCAAGCGCAACAAGCGCGGCGAGACAGCUGUGUUUCGUGCAGCCAGGUAUGGGAAGAAUGAGAUGUUCGAGUUUUUAGAUGGCGAAGUCAAUAAGUUGUUUGAAACUGAAGGCGUAGAAGAAGCUCAAAAAGCCUUUUAUCAAAGGAAAGAUAAGACAACUAUACUUCACAUGUCCAUCCUCUAUGAGUAUUUUGAUUUGGCUCUUUGGAUUGCGAGGAGAUAUAAAUACCUAGUUGAUGUGCGGGAUGGAGAUCGGAUGACUGCUCUUCAACUUCUUGCAUGUAAUUCGUCAGCUUUCAUGAGUGGGAGGAAGCACAGUUCCCUCAAGCGACUCGUCUACUCUUGUGUCCAAACUCAAGAUACUGCUGCAACUGAAGAAGGUGUCCUACCUAAAGAUACUGCUGCCACUGAAGAAGUUGAAUCAGGUUAUAUAGUGCCCUUAUGGGAAGCAAUUCGGAAACGAAAACAGAGAUUUGAAUCAGCUUUGAAACUUGCCAAGUUCUUGAUUGCAAUGGAUACCUCAUGGGAGGCUACUGAAUCUGCAAUGGACCAGAGUAAGCCUAAGACCCACAAAUACGGAGUAUCCUUCCAUUCUUCCAAAGGCCAAGAACUAGAAGAGCGUGAAAAGGACCUGACAAGUAAUGAAUUGAGCACCGUAAAGACUGCAGAAACUCCAUUAUUUUUGGCUACUAAGGAAGGCAUUUUAGAGAUUGUUGAAGAAAUACUCAACACAUAUCCUCAAGCAGUCGAGCAUAUUGAUGGCGAAGGGCGUAACAUUUUACAUGUAGCUAUCAAGUAUCGCCAAAUACAUAUUUUUGAUUUUGUAGCGAAGAUGGAAAUUCCGAUGAUAAGGCUCAUAAGAAAGACUGACAACAGUGGGAACUCCAUACUGCAUAUGGUUGGAGUAAAGGCACAAGAUCAAAAAGCUGAAGAGAUGCGAAGUCCUGCUCUGAUAUUGCAAGAAGAUUUGCUCUUGUUUGAGCGCGUGCAGAACAUCUCUGCAACUCAUUUCGUCAAGCACUUCAACUCUAAAGGGCAGACUGCUGAAGUACUCUUUGCCACUAAUAAUGAUCAAUUGCGUAAGGACGCCCAAGAAUGGCUGAAGCGAACUGCUGAGAAUUGCUCUAUUGUUGCUGUGCUGAUUGCAACUGUUGCUUUUGCUGCGGCCUACACAGUACCAGGAGGUCCGAAUCAGAGUACUGGUUAUCCCCUUCUCCUUAACAAUCCUUUCUUCGUAAUUUUCACCAUGACUGAUGUACUCUCCCUCACAUUCGCUUUGACAUCCGUGAUUGCAUUUCUCUCCAUACUCACGUCACCAUUUCGGUUGAAGGACUUCAAGCAGUCUCUUCCUCAAAAACUAAUGCUUGGAGUUACUCUACUGAUUUUAUCUGUUUCAAUGAUGAUGUUGGCAUUUGCAUCCACAAUUAUCCUAAUGAUACGUAACAAGGAACAAUGGACAAGAAUUACCUUGUGCUCUGUUGCUUUCUUGCCGGUCACCAUAUUCGCAUUCUCAUACUUGCCUCUGUAUGUGUCACUCAUGGAAACUUUCAAGUACUCCCUUAAGAAAAUAGGGGAUGUUUUUCCUCGGUGUAGCAGUGCCUUUAUUCGAUCUCGGGUGGCUAAUUCAUUGGGAUUUUCUAAAUCCCAAACCAAAAUUCCCUCCAAAACUAUGCAAUCUCAAGCCACUAGCUCCACCUGUUCUACAUAUGCUUGCAAACUUCAAACCACCCAUUCCUUUGUUUGAACUCGAAUGCAAACUCAUCUUAGUACCCUCUCCAAAACACCUUAUCAAUCAUUACAUUAUUUGCUGUGUUGACUGAUUUCCUGUAUGGUUCAUAGGUGAGAUCCAUUGAGUGGUAACUAUUGUUUCCUCUUUCUAGAUUUCUACCUACCAUUAGAAAAUGAACAUGAGUGGUUUGCUUUGUUGAGUGAUUUCCUGUAUGGUUCUAAAUUUUCUUAUAAUGUUUGCUUUUAAUAUAUGUAGUGUUCUGGUUUAUUUGGUCA